GGCAGCGACGACUACCUGAUGGCGUGGGAGUGGCACGAUACGGCGAUGUGGCGGGAGCGGCGCAGGAUGCGGCGGAGGCUGUGGCGGCGCGGUUCAACGAGGGGUUUCCGACGGACUUCGUGGCGCGGAUACGGACCUGCAGAACGCGGGUGAGCGGGAUGCGCGGCCGGGGGCGGUCGAUCACUGGAUAGAUGAGAAGCUAACAACUUAGAGACAUUGGGCAGCGACAUUUGGAAGGUAAGAGUGGAAUGACACAGAGCGAGACGCAAGCACCUACGAUACUGGAGCGGCUGGCGAGGGGUGAGCUGAUAAUCUCGGACGGCGCGACCGGGAGCUAUCUUCAGCAGCACGGGCUGGAAGACGGCGAUCCCGAAGAGUGGAAUGUGAGCCAUCCGGAGGUUGUGCAGGGGAUGGCGAAGGCGUACUUCGAUGCGGGUUCGCAGAUGGUGCUGACGAAUACGUUCGGGGGGACGAGGCUGCGGCAGAAGCACUAUGGGUUUCAGGACAGGGCGGCGGAGUUCAACAGACUGGCUGCUGAACAUCGCGCGCAGCCAGGCGCCUGAGGGGUGCUUCGUGGUGGGGUCUGUGGGACCGACGGGCGAGGUGCUGGACGAUCCGCUGCGAGACGAGCCGCUGACGGAGGAUCAGGCUUAUGACGCGUUCGCGGAGCAGAUAACGGCGCUUGCGGAGGGUGGCGUGGAUGCAGUGGACAUCGAGACGAUGAUCGAUGUCAACGAGGCGACGAUAGCGGUGCGGGCUGCGAAGGAGAACACUGACCUGGUGGUGAUAUCCACGAUGUUCUUCGACAAGGGGCCUCGCGGGUUCUUCACGAUGAUGGGGACGCGACCUGCCGAGGCGGUUAGCAGGCUGCAUGAGGCUGGCGCGGACAUCGUGGGGGCGAACUGCGGGAAUGGCAUCGAUGUGAUGCUGGAGCUUGCGCGGGAGCUGCGGGCGGCUACGGACGGCUACUUGCUGAUUCACUCGAAUGCGGGGCAUUCCGUCGCCGAUUGGGGGCGAGAUCGUGUAUCCGGAGACGCCGGAGUACAUGGCGGAGCGGUUCAAGGUGAUGGCGCACGAUGUGGGCGUGAAUAUCAUCGGCGGGUGCUGCGGGACGACGCCGGCGCAUAUAAGGGCGCUGGUGGAGGCGGUUAA